AUGGCGUCGUCCUCAAGCAGUGGGCUUACCUUCAAGCUCCACCCUCUCGUGAUCCUCAACAUCUCCGACCACCACACCCGCGUCAAGGCCCAGAACCAGCACCUCUCCUCCGCCUCAGCCUCUUCCGCCGCCGCCAACGGCGGCGACGCCGCGACCGCCGCCGCAGCACUGCCUCCUCUGCCGCGCGUCUUCGGGUGCGUCAUCGGCGUCCAGCGCGGCCGCACCGUCGAGAUCUUCAACAGCUUCGAGCUCCUAUACGACCCCCACUCCCACACCCUCGAUCGCUGCUUCCUCGAGAAGAAACAAGAACUCUAUAAAAAGGUUUUCCCGAACUACUACAUAUUGGGGUGGUAUUCAACGGGGACUGAUGCACAGGAGUCGGAUAUGCAGAUCCACAGAGCUCUGAUGGAUAUAAAUGAAAGCCCGGUUUAUGUUGUGUUGAAUCCUUCCAUCAACCACUCGCAAAAAGACCUACCUGUGACUAUCUAUGAAAGUGAGUUGCAUGUCAUUGAUGGGAUUCCACAACUCAUCUUUGUCCGAGCAAAUUACACAAUUGAGACUGUAGAGGCAGAGAGAAUUUCAGUUGAUCAUGUAGCACAUCUUAAACCAUCUGAUGGGGGCUCAGCUGCAACUCAAUUGGCAGCUCAUCUUACUAGCAUCCAUAGUGCCAUCAAGAUGCUAAAUAGCAGGAUCAAAAUAGUUCAUCAACAUCUUCUUGCCAUGCAAAGAGGUGAAAUUCCUUGCGAUAACUCACUUCUAAGGCAAGUUUCAAGCCUUUUGAGGAGAUUGCCAGCCAUGGAGUCUGAGAAAUUUCAGGAUGAGUUUCUUACGGAAUUUAAUGACACACUUCUGAUGACUUAUCUUGCCAUGUUAACCAACUGUUCCAGUACGAUGAGCGAGCUGGUUGAUAAGUUCAACGUAACCUAUGACAGGCACAGCCGAAGAGGAGGCCGAACGGCUUUCAUAUAAAUUGCAUAGUGGUUUUUAUGAUGCAUUGUUAGCUUAAGAAUUGAAUUAGUUCACUUCUGUAGAGUCUCGUCUUCUGCUCCCCCCCUCUUCUUUUUCUGUUUUCUUUGUUGCAGUCACACCGUAUAGAACAGUUGAUCCAUUGGUGUUGAACUUUGUUGAGUUCAUUUUCUGUGGUCGAGGAUUGAUCUCACAAUACGUGAAUUCUGAUAUCUCUUUUGUGCCAAAAUUAAGAGUAUUAUUGUAUCUUUAUUUAGUGAUUGACUUUUAUUCUU